AUGGCAUUUUCCCGAAGCCCAACGUUGGACAGGUCUCUUUGCGGAUUAUGUCAAUACCCGGUUAAAAAUCAAGAAGGAAUCAGCUGGGUGGCCCAGUUGGUGCCAGACCGUGGAUCAAAAAUGGGAGUAUAUUCUUCGCUACCAGGAGCAGGAGGGGAUCCGCUUAGACGUCAGCCAGAUGGUGAAAAAUCCAGGACGCAAAGCCAAAGCCAAGUUAGUGCUCAACAGGUACCCGUUCUAUGUUCUUUUUUCGUGUUGUCAUUCCACCCCUUCUCAUCACUUUUUUUCCUUCUUGGAGUUUUCUGGGGCAAAUUUGGCGACCGGGUUAAGCCCACCACCGUCACGAUCAAAGAUCCCUCCCAUUUGUUCAGUUUACUAUCCAAUGCCGCCCUCGAUGUCAGUACCCUCCGAUUGUGCACUGACGACAUCUUGGAAGCCAUGUAUACCAGUGUGCAUGACAAUGCGGUCAAAGGCACUAAGACCAAUAUCUCUGUGGCACCCUUCACCACUUGUCCCGCUAGGCUGAAACUCUAUAUGAGUCUCUAGACACCCUCCAGGAGCAAGUUCUUUAUUACGAUACAGACAUUGUGGUCUACAAAUGA